GAGCCUUUUGCCACCCUCUUUUUCUCCUUCACUUCAAGCAAUAUUAUUAAAAAAAACCCCUCUUAUUUUUAUUCACUUUUAUUAGUCUUUUCAUUUUUUUGCACACCUUUCUUUUAUUUCAUACAAAGAUGACUUCUCGCAACCCUCAUAUUACUUCUUCUUCCACUCAACAAACAGGUGGUGACAGCAGUAGCAGCAAUAGUCGUUUUGAUUUUCAACAACGCGGUAGAGCUAGCAACAACAACGGCACCAGCAGCCAAGUGAACGCUCAUUCGCGCACCGCUGCUCGCGAGCAACUUUUACGCCAAAGACAAACACAAGUGCAAACACAAACCAGCGUUCUAGCUGAUCUUAACCAGCUUCAUACCCAAAAUAAUAAGGAUAUACGUACAGUGUUUGUCUCUACUCCUGUGGAUUCACUCACUGGAUCUGCAUAUGUGAGCGGACAUUUGACGCCCAGUGACCAAUGGGUUGCUGUCGACAGCGAAAGCAGUGGCGUCAUAUCUCUGACAUCUAGCGACUACGAAGAUGACGACGAAUGUCCAGAGUCUACAAUUCCUGUGCCUACUCGCAACAACAUUGAAAGCGAGCAGGAGACUGCUGACAAGGGUAAAGAUAAGGACAAGCGCAUAGAACCAAGCUUUACCCAGACUACUGGUUGUUCCUCAGAGGCCACACCACUGCUGAACUCCUCCCAACGCAAUAUCAAUCGAGAGAUACAAUGGCCGGCGCAGCUGCCAUUGCAGCAUAGUGGCACAACGCCCCAUCGCUUGUCAAGCGGCAUUAGCACGCGCCGUGUAAAUGAAAAAGCCGAUAAAGAGUCCGAGCAAGCCGUGCACCUUCUGCGCGAAAGCGUGGCCAGCCUUUUGUCAUCUGCUGCCGGAGGGUCCAGCGGCUCCUCGUUGGCUGCCUCGGCUAAUUCCAGCGCCAAUAAUUCGCGGCAUGUGCGUGCAUCUCUGCGCCAAACCUACAGACAGCCACGGUCGCCGAGUAGCCUUUCUAAGAUCAGCGAACCCUGCUAUCCUCCAUCAGCACCACACAGAAGAUUUGCUGCGGAUUUUGAUUAUUUCUCGGAUAUCGCGUUGUCGUCAAAUACCUCGCCGCCAUUUUUGCCCCCGCGUGGAGGCAAUGCCAGGAGCCACAUGGUGACAACACAGUUUCCGACAUACGAGGAGUAUAAACAGCAGCAGAUGCAGAUGCAGCAUGUGCCCCUGACCAAUGAUCCUAGGGAGGGCAACGUUAAUGUCGAUUCUGCAGUUAUUCGUCGGCGCGCGGGCACCAUGAACACAAUAAACAGUUCCGCAGCAGGCGAUACCAACACGCCCGGCAAUACGCAGUACUCCGUUGCACACCCGCUGCUCGACGACCAUAUUGAAAGAAACCCGGCCACAGUAACCACAGCUGCAGCAGCGACAUUGUCUAUUUCGGUAAUGGCUUCGCGGUCGCGCUCGCCGUUUGCAUCAAUCCGCACAGUCACGCCCACUAUUAUCAUGGGCGACAGAAACUCGGCCUUGCAUAUGAUUGAAUCUCGAAAGGAGGGCGUGAGCCGCGCGCAGGCCGAGUCAGUGCUCGAGCACACUAUUUUGUGUCCGAUGAAGUUGCUCCGAGAGUCCUCUGGAUACUACGAUAGAUUGUUAGCAAACCCUGACGACAGCGCUACUGAUGCCUCCUCUACUGCUGCUGCCGCUGGUUGCCGCCAGGAUGACGAGUCCUCCUUUUCGGCGGCAAAAGGCGGUGACAGCAGUGGCAUUGGUGCGCACAUAUCUUCGGGUUGGGCAAAGUACACCGGAUACGCAAUUGUUGGAUUUGGAGUCGGCACGCUGGUGGGCAUGAUGUAUUUGGACAUGGCAAACACCGCUGCAGUCGCAACACCCAAGGCCACCCGGUCCUUUCCGAUAACAAGUUACUAAAUAUUUUAAAUUGAUUAAACAAAUAAAUUGACUAUAUAAAAAAUGCUUGACAUUUUUUUCUCUCCCACGUGCAACUUCUUUUUCUCUAUUUAUUAUUUUUAUUUUUAUUUUCGCGCUUUGAAUUCAACAAACGCUUAUAUAUUUUUCAUUCAUACAUACAUACAUC